UGUAUAACUUCUACAAGUUUUGCCUAUCCUAAUUCCUACACACAUGUCCACAGUGGACUCUUCCAUUGACUUACAACACUAAUCUUCAGACAAUGAAUCAAUACUAGCUAACGUGUUUAUUUUGCUACCGUACACCAUAUUCAACCUUGUAUUAGAGCAUUUACUUUCAUUCUAUAUUUUCUUGUCCCUUAUGCUCCACUUCCUCAAUAAUUUGCUGGGUUUCUUCUCAUUCUAUUAAAAUCAUCAUCCACUUCUUCUGCAUGAUCAAUAGCCACCUACACUCUUUAAAAAAAAUUCCAUACCAAUGGUACAUAACAUCAUCUUAGUGUCAGUUUUUUGGUUCUUACUACUGUUAAGAACUUCAAUUUCACUAGAAACUUUAGCAGUGAACCAAUCUAUUAGAGAUGGUGAGAGCUUAGUUUCAGCAAGUGGAAGCCUUGAAGCUGGUUUCUUCAGCCCUGGGAACACAACAACGCGUCGAUACUUUGGUGUAUGGUACAGGAACAUAACCCCUCUAACAGUGAUAUGGGUGGCCAACAGAGAAAAACCACUACAGAACAAUCAUUCAGGAGUUUUGAAACUGAAUGAAAGAGGGAUUCUUCAGCUUUUCAAUGGCACAAGCAAUGCUAUUUGGUCAUCAAAUACAUCAAGCAAAGCAGGGAACAUUUCAAAUCCAAUCGCUCAGCUCUUGGAUUCAGCAAAUUUGGUGGUAAAGGAAACCGAAAAGGCGAGUUUUUUGUGGCAGAGUUUUGAUUAUCCAUGUGAUACUUUGUUGUCAGGAAUGAAGCUUGGAUGGAACUUAGAAACUGGUUUACAAAGAUUUUUAUCAUCAUGGAAAAGUUCUGAUGACCCUGCUGAGGGAGAUUACACUAUUAAUCUUGAUCUUAGAGGGUAUCCUCAAAUAUUAAAAUUCAAGGGGUCUGAUAUAAAAGUUAGAUCAGGGCCAUGGAAUGGUGAAUCUAUUUCUGGAUACCAAGGUCCAACUACAGGAACUUUACAAACAUUUGUGUUCAGUGAAAAAGAAGUCUCUUAUGGAUACGAGCGCGAUGCUGAUGAUGUAUCGGUUAUCAGCAUCUACACUCUAACUCCUUCGGGCGCGGGGCAGACGCUGUUUUGGACGAACCAAUCAAAUAGCUGGCAAGUUUACUCGACUGGGGAGCUCGAUGAAUGCGAAAACUAUGCAUAUUGUGGUGCUAAUUCUGUGUGCAGCAUUGAUGGUAACCUUCCAACUUGUGAAUGCUUGAAGGGGUUUGUUCCCAAGGUUCCUGAACAAUGGAAUAUAUCGUAUUGGCUGAACGGCUGUGUUCCGAGGAAUGAAUCGAGUUGCGAAAACCGACACACUGAUGGGUUUUUGAACUACACUCACAUGAAAUUGCCAGACACUUCUUCAUCAUGGUUUAAUAAGACCAUGAGCCUUGAGGAAUGUCAGAUGAAGUGUCUGAGAAACUGUACCUGUGUUGCCUAUGCAAAUUUAGAUAUCAGCAAUGGGGGAAGUGGAUGUCUGCUUUGGUUUAAUAAUCUGGUUGAUGUGAGGAAAUUCUCUCAAAGGGGACAGGAUCUUCAUGUCAGAGUCCCUGCUUCAGAACUAGAUCAAGCUGCAGAAGAUGGCCAAGGAAACAACAAAAAGAAGAUAGUAGCAGGAGUCACAGUUGUUGUGGCAUUUUUUGUGUUAAUCACAUGUGUAUCCAUAUUCAUAAUUAAAAAUCCAGGGGAUGUAAGAAAUUUUUACAGAAAGAUUCAUAAAAACAAGCCAAGCAAGGAAGAUGGUGAUCUGCCUACAUUCGAUUUUUCUGUCUUAGCUCACGCCACCGAACACUUUUCAUACAGAAACAAGCUUGGAGAAGGUGGUUUUGGACCAGUAUACAAGGGCACAUUGGUAGAUGGACAAGAGGUUGCUGUGAAAAGGCUUUCAAAAAAAUCAGGACAAGGGUUGGAAGAAUUCAAAAAUGAAGUGUCAUUGAUUGCAAAACUUCAGCACCGUAAUCUCGCGAAGCUUCUUGGUUGUUGCGUUCAAGGAGAAGAAAAAAUGUUGAUCUAUGAAUACAUGCCAAACAGAAGCUUGGACUGCUUUGUUUUUGAUGAAAACAAAAAGAUCUCAUUGGAUUGGUGCAAGCGUUUCAAUAUUAUUGGAGGCAUUGCUCGAGGGCUUCUUUAUCUUCACCAAGACUCUAGGUUGAGGAUCAUUCAUAGAGAUCUAAAAACUAGCAAUAUAUUACUAGAUGCAAAUUUGGAUCCUAAGAUAUCAGACUUUGGCUUGGCUCGAAUAUUUUUGGGAGAUCAAGUUGAGGCAAACACAAGCAGGGUGGCUGGAACAUAUGGCUACAUGCCUCCAGAGUAUGCGGCGCGCGGACAUUUCUCAGCGAAAACAGAUGUCUUUAGUUAUGGUGUGAUAGUACUAGAGAUUAUAAGUGGGAAGAAGAACAGGGAUUUUUCAGACCCAAAACACUACCAUAAUCUUCUUGGAUAUGCAUGGAGAUUAUGGACUGAAGAGAGGCCUUUUGAACUAUUGGAUGAAGUAUUAGGGGAAAAAUUCACACCCUUUGAAGUCAAAAGAUGCAUACAGGUAGGCCUAUUAUGUGUGCAACACAGACCAGAAGAUAGACCAGACAUGUCAUCAGUUGUUCUUAUGCUAAAUGGGGAGAAAUUAUUGCCAGAGCCAAAGCUUCCUGGAUAUUACAAUGAAAAUGAUGUUAAAGCUGAAUCAGAUUCUUCAUCAGCAAAUCGUAAACUGUGCUCAACUAAUGAAAUAUCCAUCACAGAGUUAGAUGCAAGAUAAGGUAUGGAGGCAAGAAAAUGAUCAGGCUUUACCAUCCAUUGUGAGAUAAAUAGAUUACUCGAGCAUAGGUAGUUAGUGAAAAGGUUCCAUAAAUCAAUGUAUAAAUCAAUGUAUUAUGAUUUAGUGUAUUUUUCAUGAAUCCAAACACAUGAGAUAAACAUAGAAUUCUAUAAAGACCAGAAUGCUUUUCAAUUUGCAAUAGAAUAUGAUUCCGAAAA